UCCAAAAAAAAAAAGAAAAGAAAAAAGAAAAAAAAAGUGUAAUAAAGGGAUUCUACCUGUAUUUUUAUUCCUAGAACAGACACACCUUUAAACAGCUGUUACAGCCAAAGGAGGGGUGUAGUUUGGCACGCAGACCCUUUGGGAGCUCCAGCGCGCUCCGUUAUUUAAAGCACACUCAGUUUGCGCUCCUUUUCCCUAAACACCUGCCACAGCAGGUUUAUCCCAUGUAAACUGCUGGGGGAUAUGCCGUGCCCAACAGGCGUCCAGUCACUCAGCCAAUGUGCUCCCCUGAAAAAGGUUGUCCUGUUCAACAUGUGUAACUUCGGUGUCCCACAUAUUAAAGCACCCCAAAAUAAAAGUUAAGUUUAAUGUCUGUCCUUUUCUCCUAAUCGUACAAGUUCUGUUGAGAAGCACAAACUUGCAAGUUCAAGUCCGCAUUUUAGGACAGCGAGCUUGGAGAAGGGCUUUGUUUGUUCUCUUCUUUGUUGCUAAUUCCUUGUGUCUGGUUCCUUUGGAGUGUCAUUCUUGUUAUCAGCAGGACCAUGCCCCCCCUCCCCCCCUCCACACACACACACACACCUCAUAGGAUCUCUGCUUCUAAGGAUCAGGUGACCUUGUUUGCAAACAUCCCUUGAGGAGGGAGCCUCAGUCAUAGUGAACAUGUAAGAUGUUAUCUGUGUCAAUGUUCCGGCAUGGAUGAUGUGAUGCGCUGUGACCUGCCAGCGUCUGGGUUCACAUCUAGGCAGUCAAAGCAAAGCUGAAAGCCCAGUGUGAUCCCUCUUACUGCUGGUCUGCUUCAAACUCAACACUUUGUUAGCUUCAAAGGUCUACUCUUUUCUGCUCCUGACUUUCUGCAGUGUCUGACACUAGAUAGGUCAGCAGCCAUGAGCCCUGUCUUCCAAGAGAUCUUAGAAUCUCAGCCAGAUAGUACAGACAGGUAUAAAAGAUGGAUGCUCUAGAGGAGCAGCAUGGCUUAGAUAUUCACAGAAUGCAAGGGGCACAGCUGUGUCGGAUAUUCAGAAGUCAUAGAAGUUGCGCGUUUGGGAUUGAGGAGAUCUUAGGGGAGAAGCCUACUGCAGAAGCCACUUCGAUGUUACUCCAGCCAGUGAUGGUAUGGCAGGGGAUCAGCCCCACAGUUGCCCCCGGAAGGGGUUAGGAAUUGGGUACUCUGUCACUGAAAGUGACCUUGAUCUGGAGCUGUGGUAGUAUGAGCACUCAAUCCUUAACUGCACUGUGGAGGAAGUUUCAGAAGAAGAGGAAGUAGUGUUGGAGGGAAAGCUGCCCAGCAAGCUAGUGAGGAGCUGCCUAGGAAGAGCCUCAGUGUCAGGGAAGGGAGGCCAGAGUACCAUGAACCGCUGAUGUCUGGUCUCAAGGAAGUCAGUGGUGAGAGGUGGGCCCCGCAGGCCAAGCAGAUCUUGAUGGUCCUCUGCGGUCUUCAGCAGGUUGUGGAUAGGUACAUCUGGCUUCUCUACACCUCCAUGUUUUCCUCCAAUUUUUAUUUCAUUUCAGAGUGUGUGUUGAUUUGAUGGCAUAGAUGACUUUUAAGCAGUAGGACUUUGCCAAGCAGAAUUUUUGAAGUCAUGAGGCCUGUGACCCAAAGCACAGCUGCUAGUGUGCCUGGAAGGCCUCAGGCUGAAACCAGUAAUCCCCUGCCUUCUUGUAUACAGUGUCCCCUGCAGCUUCAGAUCUCUGUGAGUGAGCCAGGAACCAAGCCAGUCCCCAGACACAGUCUGUUCUGGCAGAAUUUCACGAGUUAAUCAUUCCUUAGGCCUCCCUGGGCCCCUCCAUCCUGGAUUCUUAGGAAUUAGACACUUGGAAGGGCGUUGGGUCAAGGUUCUGGGCACAGGGCAGGGUGCUCCUCUAUUUACUAAGCUUACGGCUAGUGGAGUUUCGCCAUGUCAUUUCUACCUCCAAAGUAAAGGCUCCAGAGCUCGUCAUCAGAGCCUGCUUGGCCACAUCUGGUCCAAGCAGGAGUACGAGGAAGUCCGCUUCUACGCCCGUGAGCACAAACACGUCCGUAUGGGACAGUCCAUUGAGCUCCACCAUUUAGACCAGCCCACUACAGACAUUCCUGGAACAGACUAAGGCUGGGCCAGCAUGGCGUCUGUGUUUCGAAGCGAGGAGAUGCGUUUAUCCCAAGUGUUUCUCCAGGUGGAGGCUGCGUAUUGCUGUGUGGCUGAACUGGGAGAGCUUGGCUUGGUUCAGUUCAAAGAUCUAAAUGCAAAUGUGAACAGCUUCCAGAGGAAGUUUGUGAAUGAAGUCAGAAGGUGCGAGUCACUGGAGCGCAUCCUCCGUUUUCUGGAAGAUGAGAUGCAAAAUGAGAUUAUAAUGCAGAUGCCUGAGAAGGAUCCAGAGACUCCUCUUCCCCGAGAAAUGAUCACCCUGGAGAGCACUCUAGAGAAAUUGGAAGGAGAGCUACAGGAAGCCAACCAGAACCAGCAGGCUUUGAAGAAGAGCUUUCUGGAACUGACAGAACUCAAAUACCUCCUAAAGAAAACCCAGGACUUUUUUGAGACAGAAACCAACUUAGCUGAUGAUUUCUUUGUUGAAGACACUUCAGGUCUCUUGGAGUUAAGAGCCAUACCUGCGUUCAUGACUGGGAAGUUGGGGUUCACAGCUGGCGUGAUACACAGGGAGAGGAUGGCUUCCUUUGAGAGGCUGCUGUGGAGGGUUUGCCGGGGAAACGUGUACUUGAAGUUCAGCGAGAUGGACACACUUCUGGAGGAUCCCGUGACGAAAGAAGAAAUUAAAAAGAAUAUAUUCAUCAUAUUUUAUCAAGGAGAACAGCUCAGGCUGAAAAUCAAGAAGAUCUGUGACGGGUUUCGUGCCACCAUCUACCCCUGCCCGGAGCCUGCAGCCGAGCGCAAAGAGAUGCUGGCCAGUGUCAAUGUGAGGCUGGAAGACUUAAUCACUGUCAUUACUCAAACAGACUCUCACCGACAGCGCCUACUGCAGGAAGCAGCUGCCAACUGGCACUCCUGGGUCAUCAAGGUGCAGAAGAUGAAGGCUGUCUACCACGUCCUGAACAUGUGCAACAUCGACGUCACCCAGCAGUGCAUCAUCGCCGAGAUCUGGUUCCCAGUAGCAGACACCAGGCACAUCAAGAAGGCCCUGGAACAAGGCAUGGAACUCAGUGGCUCUUCCAUGGUCCCCAUCAUGACAGAAGUGGAGACUAAAACAGACCCUCCCACCUUCAACAGGACCAAUAAGUUUACAGCUGGCUUCCAGAACAUUGUCGAUGCAUAUGGUGUAGGCAGUUACAGAGAGAUCAACCCAGCUCCCUACACGAUCAUCACCUUCCCCUUCCUGUUCGCUGUGAUGUUUGGAGACUGUGGUCACGGGAUGGUGAUGCUGAUGGCAGCCCUGUGGAUGGUCCUAAAUGAGAGACGCUUGCUGGCUCAGAAGAGUACCAAUGAGAUCUGGAACACCUUCUUCAAUGGGCGUUACCUGAUCCUGCUCAUGGGCGUGUUCUCCAUCUACACCGGCUUGAUCUACAAUGACUGCUUCUCCAAAUCUUUUAACAUCUUUGGAUCCUCUUGGAGUGUCCAGCCUAUGUUCAGAAAUGGCACGUGGAAUGCUCAUGUCAUGGAAAAGAGUCAGUAUUUGCAGCUGGACCCGGCCAUCCCAGGAGUGUAUUCUGGAAAUCCCUACCCAUUUGGGAUUGAUCCGAUUUGGAACCUGGCUUCAAACAAACUCACAUUUUUAAACUCCUAUAAGAUGAAGAUGUCAGUCAUCCUGGGAAUCAUUCAGAUGACUUUUGGUGUUAUUCUCGGCCUCUUCAAUCACAUUUACUUCAGAAGAACCCUCAACAUCAUUCUGCAGUUCAUCCCCGAGAUGAUUUUUAUGCUGAGCCUGUUUGGAUACCUAGUUUUCAUGAUCAUUUUCAAGUGGUGCCGGUAUGAUGCCCACACAUCUCAGAAGGCUCCCAGCAUCCUCAUCCACUUCAUCAGCAUGUUUUUGUUUGACUACGAUGAUUCCAACGCACCCCUGUACAGCCAUCAGCAAGAAGUCCAAACUUUCUUUGUCAUUAUAGCGUUGGUCUCUGUGCCGUGGAUGCUUCUGAUUAAGCCAUUUAUUCUCAGAGCCCAACACCAGAAAUCUCAGCUGCAGUCUUUCACGAUCCAUGAGGAUGACAUUGAAGGUGGCCACUCGAGCACGGCUGCUCAGAAGAAGACCACAGGUGCCCACGGGACUAAGGAUGGCCAUGAGGAGGAGUUCAACUUUGGAGACAUCUUUGUCCACCAGGCCAUCCAUACCAUUGAGUACUGCCUAGGCUGUAUCUCCAACACAGCCUCAUACCUUCGGCUCUGGGCUCUCAGCUUAGCUCAUGCAGAACUGUCCGAGGUGCUGUGGACCAUGGUGAUGAACAUCGGCCUUCGCCUUCGGGGCUGGGGAGGGCUCAUUGGGGUCUUCAUCAUUUUUGCCGUCUUCGCCGUCCUGACGGUCGCCAUCCUCCUCAUCAUGGAGGGGCUCUCAGCCUUUCUGCAUGCCCUCCGGCUUCAUUGGGUGGAGUUCCAGAACAAGUUCUAUGAGGGGACUGGCUCCAAGUUCUCCCCAUUCUCCUUCAAGCACGUCCUGGAAGGGGCUGAGGAGUAG